GCCCCACCCUACUGGAGAGGAUGGGUCUGGUGAUAUGGGGAGAACCCAAUCAGCAAGGACAUACCUUUUCUGAAAGUUCUGACAAUCAGUUGGAGAUCUCAGCGGGAACUGAAGAAACCUCGUUUGGGAAUAGAACGGUGAGUUUAGAGGGCAUCAUCAAAGGCUGGCAUGCCUUGUGUGUCAAGACAGUAGUUAAAAAAAAUGAAAAUGCAGGAUGGCUAUGAAAGGGGAAGGAGGAAACCCACAAUGGAAGAAGUUGGACAGGACCCACUGGAUGAUGUGCAGGAGAUGAUGGAAAUACCGAAAUUAAAAGUCACAAAACAAAACCUUGACUACCUGAACUUAGACCUUGAAAAGGACCUGCAGAGACUGGAUGAGGCAAAUCAGGUUCUUCUCAGAAAAAUUCAAGAGAAAGAAGAAGCUAUUCAAAGUCUGGAAAGAGAGACUGCCCUGUCACUAGGACAAGCCAACGAGAGGGAGGAGUUGAACCAUAUUGUAUCUGAGAAGGAGGAAGCCCUGAGGAACCUGAAAUCAGAGACAGCAAAGCUGGAAAAAAGCAACAAGGUUCUAGGCAGGAAGGUGGUGGAGCUUCAGAAGAAGAUUUCAAGGAGAGUUAAGAACACUGGCCUUGAUAAAGAAGCCCUAAAGCAGAUGUUGGUAGAACUGAAGGUGAGGCUACAAAAGUCAACAGAAUCCUGUGCAAAGCAAGAGAAGGAAUUGCUCAAGAUAGAGGGCGACUACCAAUCUUUGCAUCAGCUCUGUGAGGACCAGGCCCUCUACAUAAAGAAAUACCAGGAAAUUCUGAGACAGAUGGAAAAGGAAAAAGAGGUGCUUCUUCUUGAAAAAGAAGUAUUCAAAGCCCAGAACAACUCCUCCCAAAUACUGAAAACUGGGUCAAUUCUGGUAGAGACCAUCCAAAGCAACAUGGAGAAGACCAUCAUUAAGAAACAGAAGAGAAUCUUUUGGUACAGACAUUUCAGGCGUGGUGUCUUCAUGGUCAUGAUCUUCAUUAGGCUGCUGGGCCAUGUGCUUUUCCACCUGCAGUACACGAACCCAGACCUUCUUGUGGAUGUCCUACCCAUGGUAAUCAGCAGGGACACCCUGAAGAGGCUGAGGGAGGUCUUACUUCCUUUCCUCACUCUAGAGGUGGAAGAAGUUCUACCACAUUAGUCGGAAGUGAUUUGGGGGGCUCCACACCACACCCAGUGGAGAGGGGGACAUGGCUGCAGUCCCGUGUCAAGGAUGGGACAAGAAGGAAGUGGGAACCUUGACUUGGACAUCUGACCUCUUCAUUUCAUUCUCUUCCCUUACUUUCCCUUUGGAGUGGCUCUCUUUCAAAUAAAGAAUAUGUUUGACAAGA